AAAUCAGGACAGAAUACGGUUGCAGCAGAGUAAUCUACAAAUUAGAAACAACAGGACUUAAAUGUACUCUGCAGCUGAAAUUCAGCGAGUCCUGGAAUGGGAGUGGCAAAGGGGUAGUAAAAUAGGUAGAGUGCUUUAGGAAACAAGUAGAGACAUUUUCAGUGGCCCCACGCAGACUUUGUCCGGGUUGCUGGAAGAGCAACAGACUGGAUCGCCUGCCAACAGGAAGAAUGCUCCUUCCCUCUGGAGGGCUUUCUCUCUCCCCUCCAGGCCUCCGGGGGACCGAAGCAGCCAGGAGUUGUUUCAUUCGCCUCUGCAGGGACCGGGAGGGCGGAGGCUGGGAUUUGCAGAAGGUCAGCGGUGGCCACGCUCCGCGGGAGUCUGGAAGCUCACCGCGUCCCUGAGCGCGCUCUUUCUGUUCAGCUGCUGCCCCGAGGCUCGUUACAGCAGCCUGCGCUCCAAGCUCAGUCGCAAAGAAGCCAUGGAGAAGUCCAAGGGCCGACUGUACCUUUGGAUGUGCUUGGCUGCAGCUCUGGCGUCUUUCCUGGCAGGAUUUUUGGUGGGGUGGUUUAUUAAGCCUCUCAAAGAAACGACCACUUCACUGCGCUAUCAUCAAAGUAUACGGUGGAAUCUGGUAUCCGAGAUGAAAGCUGAAAAUAUUAAAUCAUUUCUUCGUUCUUUUACAAAGCUCCCUCAUCUGGCAGGAACAGAACAAAAUUUAUUGCUCGCCAAGAAAAUUCAAACCCAGUGGGAGAAAUUUGGACUGGAUUCGGCCAAGCUGGUUCACUAUGAUGUUCUCCUAUCUUACCCUAAUGAGACAAACGCCAACUAUAUAUCAAUCAUGGAUGAACGUGGAAUUGAGGGAGAUUGUAUAUGUAAACUAUGCUCGUACUGAAGAUUUUUUCAAACUUGAAAGAGAAAUGGGCAUCAAUUGCACUGGAAAGAUUGUUAUUGCAAGAUACGGGAAAAUCUUCAGAGGAAAUAAAGUUAAAAAUGCCAUGUCAGCAGGAGCCAUAGGAAUCAUCCUGUACUCAGAUCCAGCUGACUACUCUGCCCCGGAAGUACAACCAUAUCCCAAAGGAUGGAACCUUCCUGGAACUGCAGCUCAGAGAGGGAACGUGUUAAAUUUGAAUGGUGCUGGUGACCCGCUCACUCCAGGCUAUCCAGCUAAAGAGUACUCCUUUAGACUUGAUGUUGAAGAAGGAGUGGGAAUGCCCCAAAUCCCUGUACAUCCCAUUGGCUAUAAUGAUGCAGAAAUAUUAUUACGCCAUAUGGGAGGAACUGCUCCGCCAGAUGACAACUGGAAGGGAAGUCUGAAUGUGGAUUACAAUAUCGGGCCUGGCUUCAUAGGGCAUGAUUCUUUCAGGAAGGUUAAAAUGCAUGUUCAUAACACCAAUAAAAUUACAAGGAUUUAUAACGUAAUUGGAACUAUCAGAGGAUCUGUGGAACCUGACAGGUAUGUUAUUCUGGGAGGUCAUCGGGACUCCUGGGUGUUUGGAGGUAUUGACCCAACCACUGGGACUGCUGUUUUACAAGAAAUCGUUCAGAGUUUUGGAAAGAUGAUGAGUAGAGGUUGGAGACCUAGAAGAACUAUCAUUUUUGCCAGCUGGGAUGCAGAAGAAUUUGGACUUCUGGGUUCCACAGAAUGGGCUGAGGAGAAUGCAAAAACACUCCAGGAGAGAAGCAUUGCUUACAUCAACUCAGAUUCAUCAAUAGAAGGCAAUUAUACUCUCAGAGUUGACUGUACACCCCUUCUUUACCAAUUGGUGUAUAAACUGACAAAAGAGAUCUCCAGCCCUGAUGAUGGUUUCAAGGGUAGAUCUCUUUAUGAAAGCUGGUUGGAAAAGGACCCUUCAUCUGAAAAUAAAAAUUUUCCUAGAAUCAACAAGCUGGGAUCUGGAAGUGAUUUUGAAGCUUAUUUUCAGAGACUAGGAAUUGCUUCAGGCAGAGCCCGUUACACUAAGAAUAGGAAAACAGAUAAGUACAGCAGUUACCCAGUAUACCAUACAAUUUAUGAGACAUUUGAACUGGUAGAGAAUUUUUAUGACCCCACAUUUAAAAAACAACUUUCUGUGGCUCAAUUACGAGGAGCACUGGUUUAUGAGCUUGCAGACUCUCCAAUCAUUCCUUUCAACAUUCAAGACUAUGCAAAAGCUUUGAAAAACUAUGCAACGAGUAUUUACAAUUUAUCCAAGAAACAUGACCAACAAUUGAGAGACCAUGGAGUAUCAUUUGAUUCCUUAUUUUCUGCUGUGAAAAAUUUCUCAGAAGCUGCUUUAGAUUUUCAUAGAAGACUUACAGAAGUUGAUCUUAAUAAUCCCAUUGCAAUAAGAAUCAUGAAUGACCAAUUGAUGCUCCUGGAAAGAGCAUUCAUCGAUCCCCUCGGUUUACCAGGGAGGCAGUUCUACAGGCACAUCAUCUUUGCUCCAAGUAGGCACAACAAAUAUGCUGGAGAGUCAUUUCCAGGGAUCUAUGAUGCUAUGUUUGAUAUUGAAAAUAAAGCAGACCCACAUUCAGCCUGGAAAGAAGUAAAGAAACACAUUUCUAUUGCAGCCUUUACAAUUCAAGCAGCAGCAGGGACCCUGAAAGAAGUGGUACAGUAAGAUCUCAGCCAAGUGGCUAGUCAAUAAAAGUGUUACUGAAAGUCCGA